GAGUCUCUCCAGCAGCACCGGCGAUUCCUAGCGGCCGUGCUAAACACUUCGCGCGAACCGCUGGAUGCCCAAGAGAACGCCCUGGGCAAGGCCAAAUUCUACCGCAUCAUUGAUCUCUACAGUAAACGGAAGCGUGACCGCUCCAAGUAUAAACGCCACCUGCUGAUCCAAUACUCUUAUGAAUACGCCCUCUCCGAGGAGUCGCGAGCCCACUUCCUGCAGACCUUUUUCCAGGCGCUGGAGCUCUCAAUUGACGGUCAAGCCCGUGUUAAUCUGAGCGAUAAGAAGCAGGCUAGCGAGCUCUGGCUGAAGAUCUCUGCCUUUGCAGACUUCUUGGUGGAUAACUUUUACCUACCGCUCAAGGCCGCUGCGAGACGGGCACCCCUGCCGAGUCUGACGUCGCAGCCCGCCGUGCCGGAUCUCAUCACAGAUCCUCGUGAGGAUUGCCUGAUCCGCGAUCGCCAUCGCUGUAUCAUCACGCAUGCAUUUGAUUUCGAUGAAGCAGUAACACGACACAAAGAACAGACCAAUGAAGCCAAGGACGACGAGGGGAGGCCGCUGUUUGGCGGCAAUCGUUUCCUCCACCUGGAGGCCGCGCCGAUUCUUCCCCACUCUCUCGCCGAGAUUGGAUCAGACCCCUCUGAAGAGAGUCGCGCCAAGAAACUCACGCUGGCGAUUCUCAACAUAUUCGACCAUGGCAUUCAAGAUUUAAUCAACGAGUGCGUUGGCACGCCGCGGAAUGCCGUGACUCUCACCAAAAAUUACCAUCACAUGUUUGCCGAAUUCGAAAUCUACUUUGCGCAGCAUGAUGGGCUGACCCACUCGCCGCACACGUACAGGAUCGAGGCCUUUGUCCCUUUAGCCAUGAGAAGAGAACUUCCCAUCACUCGAACAUUGCGCCCAGAGGGAGAUGGUGAAUCAAUUGCCUUGCCAGAGCCUCGACUCCUGGCUCUUCGUUGUGCCCUCGCUCAUGUGCUUUACUAUUCUUCAGUGGGCACUUAUAUCGACGAAUUGCUUGAAAAGCGCAAGGAAAAGCCCACCGAGGAGAAUGAACCGGCAGAGCUGGACCUCUUUGCACAGCUGAGAUUAGAUGGG